CAUCAUCAGCAACAUCUCCGCCGGGCUUGUUUCGUCGGCUGUAGGAGCGUAUCUCCAUUGUGUCUCCACUAUACGACGCUGAGGAUGAGGAUGAGUUGCGCACGGAAUGCCGCAAGAAGCUACUCAGAUGGGACGCGAAUUGCUUACCUCUUCCCCUCACAGCAUAUAUAGAAAGCCCGCUUGCAAGCGCUCUACCUCCUACCUCAACCCUUGGACCCAAGAGCCAACCGAAAUAAAGCAGUUACGAUGCACCUCAUAUUGACUGGCGCGACGGGCCUCAUCGGAGCGAGCGUGCUCCAUAACAUGCUCGCGCAGGAGAGCAUCAGCCGGAUAUCAAUCCUCAGUCGACGACCCGUAGCCAUGGCCGAGGGUCACGACAAGGCCAAGGUCAUCAUCCACAAAGACUACGAGAACUACGAGCAAACGCUACUAGAGGAGUUGAAGGACGCCCAUGGGUGCGUUUGGGCGCAGGGCGUGUCACAGAACGACGUGGGCAAGGAUGAAUACACCCAAAUCACACGAGACUACCCCCUCGCAGCCGCAAAAGCCUUUUCAACACUGCACCCUGACUCGCCGUUCACCUUCGUACACGCUUCCGGCGAAGGCGCUACCCAGACACCAGGCAUCUUCACCCCCAUCUUCGGCCGUGUCAAAGGACAAAUCGAAACUGCUCUCUUCGAGUUUGGUAAGCAGACGCCCAACCUUAAGGUUUAUAACGUACGACCAGGUGCAGUGGACUGGACAAACCACCCGGAGAUUCAUCCGUUCAUGCCGAAGCAGGCUAUGUAUAAGAAGGCGUUGAUUCCACCGCUAAACGUGGUAUACAAGGGCUUGAUGACGCCGACACAACCUAUGGGUAGGAUCAUGACAGAGCUUGCCAUGUCCAAAGGCGAGCCGCUGGAAGGGAGUGAUAUCGAGAUGGAGGGGCGGCUGGUGCGGAACGCGGCUAUUAGGCGGAUGUCUGGGCUGUGAUCUUUGACAAGGGGUAUUCUCCUUCCUUUCGGCGCUUGCGAAGAUAUCCCACGUUUGCUUACGUUUUUGAUCAUCGUCCUAGAAUGGCACAGCAGCAGCCUGACAACAGUAACAGAGACCAUCUAAUCUGUAACUCGACUGGGUCUCUUCUCUUCUGUUCCUUUCGUUCAAGCCCAGUUUUAGAACUCUUGCUGCACAACAUAGAGUAGUGCCACCAUGACAGUCUACACUCUGUCUGCAUCAAGUGGGACAUCAAACGAGUUUGCUGGAAAUUACAGUAACAUGAUCGAUGGCGACAACCGUGGGAGGCCUAGUGAUAAAGGCUGGUGAUCACAGGCGUUCGGUCAUGCCAACGUCCUUCGUAACAUAUAUAUGGAGCUGCCGUAGCAUUCUGGUCAACGAAGCAGCAUUGAUCCCUCAUGC